AUGGCGGCGUCAUCUUCGAGCGCCGACGUGAUGGUGGCGCGGCACCUGCCGGAGUACGUCGACGACCGCACGCCUGGCUCGUACUUUCCCAACCCGGAUCCUGGCUCGAGCGACCGGUUUAUGACGUGGCAGUAUGUGGUGGAUGUGCUCUCGCACGGUGAUCUGGACCAGCUCUUCCGCGAUCCCGUCUGCGACACCGCCUACCGCGCCUUUGCCCCCGCCGUGCGCGCCAAGUACGAUGGGCUCGAGAACUACAUCCGCCACGUGCGGCUCGGUUGGCCCACGGAAGAACGCACAGGCCCGGCACCACCCAACAUGCUCGACCGGCCGCAGAAGGAUCCCACCUCCAUCCUGUCCUCCGGCACAUCGACGCCGUCGGGAUCCGGGGUGCAGACGCCCAACGGAACGUUGCUGCCGAGGGAGGCGGUCAAGGAAACGUGGCCAGAAAAGGUUCUACCGCAUCCGAACCGUGCAGGUAUUGUGUUGCGCCACUUUGUCGCCGAUGCGGAAUCGGAUACCGAGUCGAGCCUCGUCAAGACCAUUCCGAACGAUUGGCCGUACGGGAUCCCUGCGGGGGCGUCGCAUUGGGUCGUGUGGUCGAAACUGCCCAUCUUGCAUCCGUCACUCUUCACCGACUCGCCGUUUGAGGAGGCGUUGAGAGACGAGUUGUACGACUGCGUUACGGGAGACGGCAUCCGAGGGUUCACGGGAUUUGUACCCAACACGCCGACGAAUCCAACGUACACAUGGGGGAGUAAGGAGAUUCCCGAGGUGCUCGGAUCGCAUUCCCAGGCCAAGCUGCACAAUCAGCCACCGGCGGGAAGGCUCACCAGGGAGCUUGUGAGUCAGGCGCAUGCAUGGGCGUCCAGACAUGUGACGCAGUACAUCGAGGCAAAGUGGCCUCCUUCGCGAUUCCAGACCGCGUGGUUCUGCAACCCGCCCAGCCUGCGCACCGUUCCAGGCCUCAGCCAUUUCCAUGUGGUCGUCAAGGACCAAUCCCGCACAGCAUAG